UUGCGUGAGUGACAACAACUGCAGUUUGGUUCAGUAUAUAAUCUUGGUCUGGUGAGUCUCGGUCUGAUUCUGGGCUACUACAGACAUAAAUCUGUGUCCAUCUGAAACGGAAUCGAAAGGAGAAUGCAUGGAGACAGAAAAGUGUUCCGGACUAUCUGUCCAAACACAGUGGUUCCUCAUCAGAAUCAAGACAGAAGACAGACAGCAGCCAGAAAGGGCAGACCGAGGCUCCCAAGGAGCAGCAGCCCGGUCGCAGUGUAUGUGGACCGGAAUCCCUGCAUCGUUGAAGAGGCAUUCGCAACAAUAGCAUGGGACGACUUGGAGGAAUGCGCGUCCGUGAUGAGACGAGAGAGCGACUCCCUAGGUUCCCAGGUGAACGAUUCCGACGGAGAUGACCAGGAAUUCGGAGAAUAUGCCCUGGACUUCAUAGCUGCCACAUUGGAGCGCAGUCUGUCUCAGCCGAUCUGGUGGCCUUCCAAGGGUUGUAUCAUCCUCCUCUCACCCCUCAGCGGAGCCCUGUCCAGAGGACAGGACCAGCAGGGCUACCCUUCCUUAGACCCAGGCCUCGGCCAGCUCAGGCCCAGGAUGGGAUACUCUGGAGGGCAUUGCUCAGCACCACACCAGGGGUCCUGGGACACACACUGGAGACCAAACAGCCAGCUUCACAUGACUGUGAGCAGGAGGCAGGAGGAGAUUAAUGCUCUGCAGCAACGCAACGUCCACCUCAGAGAACUGGCCACCAGAGCUAAACACCUAGCCUCUGUACUGGAUGUAAGUCAGGACACUGGAAAACAACACGCGCUGCAUGUGGUGAGGGAACCAUCAUGUUUUCGACAACCCCCAGCAUCCCCCUGUGACGAACCCCCUAUGUCAAUGAUCCCAUGUAAGAGGCAGCGUCUGGACGACACCUGUGACGACACAUCGCCCCCUGGGUGUGUGGAAGACAUCCUACGUGAUGUCAGCGACCGCUGCAACACCGUCCUGCACCACAGCACCGCUCAACUCCCUCUUCCCCAGGAUAGUGACCCAGAGAGAAUACUGAUGUUCGGGGCGUUCUCUGGACUGCAGACAUCCAGGACCACAGGUGGCGCUGUGGUGAGCACGGAGGACGCGGAGGCAGGAGAGAGCAGUAGUGACUCGUCUUUCAGGACUUCAAUUAGGGAACACUGUACAAUCAGGACUCAGACCUUCCCUCACGGACACGCCUUCACCUCCAGGACGACCCAGGGAGGGUACCGCUUCCGUUGGGUUCCCAGCCAGAGCUAGCCCUUAGCGGUACUGGUAUCCCAGCCAGAGCUAGCCCUUAGCGGUACUGGUAUCCCAGCCAGAGCUAGCCCUUAGCGGUACUGGUAUCCAGCCAGGGCUAGCCCUUAGCGGUACUGGGUUCCCAGCCAGAGCUA